AUGUCCAGUACAGCCGCCAUUAAAUUCUUGAUCAGUGGUCCCAUUACUCAUCAGAUGAUUGCUCAUGUUGCUCAAAAAGCGGCCGAAGUGAUUCCUUGUGACCCUCCGCCACAGUUAAACGGUUCCUCGCAAGCAAAACCGCCGACACCGACGACGGCGACGACCAGUACCGUCGUCACAGGAAAUGCCAAUAGCAGCGGUGGCAAUCUACCAACCUCCCACCACCACUGCAUAACCCCACCACGAAGACACAACUCCUAUCCUCUUCGAGAAAGUUCAUGUAUCUCACUGAAGCCAUCCAUGUAUAAUACACCCAUAACCCCGAUGUCAAUACUCACACCAAAUUAUGGUGGUAACAGUAAGAAUAACGUAUUCACCAAUUUUCCGCCACACAUACACAUAUCGUCCGUCAAGGAUACGAACAAUCUCAAUGUUAACAAGCAAAAUAGUAUCAUCACCGACACAUUCCUUCAAUCUACUCCAAACUGCAUCGAAGAAUUCUUCCCUGAUAGCACGAGCGAUGAUGCUCAAGCAGAUGUGGACAUGGACACGGACGAAGAUGAGGAGAACCAAAUGGCCGACGAUGAGAAACGGGUCAUCUAUGACGAACCCACCACGGCGACGUUUGAUGAAUUAUACGAGCGAUUCCCAUUGGCCGGCAAUCCUCAACAAUUACAAUCCCAAUAUUAUCAACUAAAAUACCAAUCGUCGCAACAACUGUCACUCCCUUCCUUCCUUCCACAACAAUGGAAUUACCAAAGUUUGUCAAAGCCGACGUCCCCCUCCACCAUCACCGCCAAUUUGAAUCCGCCAGACGCAGGCGUCUCGCACUUCCCCUCCUAUUGCAGUGGUCGUGAUAACAAGAUGGUUCUACCACCGAUAUCCUCCAAUUUCAUAAUACAUUACUCCUCCACAUCACGACGGUACUAA